AUGACGUCAACCGGUGGGAGAGUAUGUUCGGAAUUAAAUGAUAGUCGUGGUCCGUAUGCCUUUCGCUUGAAUGGACACAACCAUCAUAGAAUUGGCUCUCUGAUUCCAACUCAUGAUGAUGGUCGGCCUAGAUUUGCGCAAUUAUAUAUUUAUGACACGGCCCAUGAAAUUGAUAAUCGCUUUUAUGCUUUAAGAAACUGUGUUCCAUCAUCUUCUGAUGAAUCCAUUUUUCGUUCGUUGGUGGUUGACUUGCUGGCCAUGCUUGAUGAAAAUAAUGUAUUAGUACAAGCGUUUAGGAUGGCUAGGGAAAGGUUUGAUGAUUCGUCUAGGCAACCAGUUAGACUUCGCUUGCUUGGCACACGAAAUACACAGGCUCGUCAAUAUAAUUUACCCACAGCUUCCGAAUUGGCUGCAUUAAUUCCAAGUGAUGGUAAUCCAACUGACUCGCGUGACAUCCUUAUUCAAGAGCGAGAUACUUAUACUACAAAACGCAUUUCGGAGCUGCACCCAAGUUACAUGUCUUUGCAAUAUCCGUUGCUCUUUCCUUAUGGAGAGGAUGGGUACCAUCCAAACAUUCCCUUAUCACGUAAUACGUCGGCAAGGAGGAAAAGCAUAUCUUUAAGGGAAUACUAUCGGUAUCGUUUACAUGUUAGGGAUACUGAAGCUAGAACGUUGCACUUAUCUGGCCGUUUGUUUCAGACGUAUGUCGUUGAUGCUUAUAGUGCUGUUCUAGAGAGUGAAUUAGAUUGGUAUAGGCGAAACCAAGCUACGAUUCGUUCAGAUCUAUAUAACGGAUUGUAUGAUCAUGUAUGUAAUGGAGAAACAACGUGUGAGUUUGUUGGACGCAGGGUUAUUCUACCAGCGUCAUUUACUGGGGGGCCAAGGUAUAUGCUACAACAAUAUCAAGAUGCAAUGGUGAUUUGCCGUUGGGCUGGGACACCAGAUCUUUUUAUUACCAUGACUUGCAACCCGAGAUGGCCUGAAGUUGACCGUCACAUUAGUGCUACCACACCUGGGCGGACAACAUCAGAUAGACCAGACAUUCUUGCACGCGUUUUUAAAAUUCGGCUUGAUGAGCUUAUUAAAGAUUUAAGGAAAAAAAUCAUUUUGGCAAGACGAAGGCUGGUACUUAUUUACACAAUUGAAUUCCAAAAACGUGGACUUCCGCAUUGUCAUGCUUUGCUUUUUCUAGAACCUGUGGAUAAGAUUGGUACAACGGAAGAUAUUGAUAGAUAUAUAUCCGCUGAACUUCCUUCUGAAUUGCAAGAUCCUGCUGCUUUUGCAGUUAUUAGCAAGCAAAUGAUGCAUGGACCAUGUGGUGAACUAAAUCCAUCCAGUCCUUGUAUGCAUAAUCAGAAAUGUACGAAAGGGUAUCCAAAGAACUAUUGUGAUGAAACAUUUAUAAGAAAUGAUGGGUGGCCCUGUUAUAAAAGGCCAAACAAUUCAAGAACAGUCCGGGUUGGUAGUCAAGAUAUUAGGCUUGAUAAUCGAUAUGUGGUUCCUUAUAACCGUGACUUACUUGUCAAAUAUGGUUGCCAUAUAAAUAUGGAGUGGUGUAACCAGGGUAUGUUGGUUAAGUACUUAUUCACGUAUCUUAACAAAGGUCCAGAUCGUGCAACUGCAGUCUUGGAAGGUCCUAACAGUAGAACGUCUUUUGCAUCGUUGUUACGAAACGAAAAUGAAAUUGAAGAAUAUAUAAAUUGUCGGUACAUUUCAGCGAUAGAAGCGUGUUGGAAGCUGUUUUCAUUUGACAUGAAUUACCGUUCAGUUGCGGUUGAAAGACUACCAUUCCAUGAAGAAGGUUGUAAUAGAGUCUAUUUCCGAGAUGAUGCUGAUGUUGCUGAUGUAGCACAACGAUCAACAUCUGCCUUUUCUAAGUUCACUGCAUGGAUGGAGGCAAAUCGGAAUCACCCAGAGGGUCGGAAUUUAACCUACGUUGAGUACCCAACUCAUUACACGUGGCAUGAAAAGGAUAGGCAAUGGAUGCCAAGGUAUGGUGGUAAUACUAUUGGUCGCAUUUAUCAUGUGAAUCCUUCUAUGGGUGAGAAGUAUUAUCUUCGUUUGUUAUUAAAUGUUGUUCGCGGUCCACAUAGCUUCAAAGAAAUUCGUACAGUUGACGGUGUCGAGUAUCCAAAUUAUAUGUUAGCUUGUAAAGCACUAAGUUUGCUUGGAGACGAUGUUGAAUGGGUUGAGGAUAUACGUGAAGCCUACCAGUGGAAGUUAGGGAAUCAAUUGCGUGAGUUGUUUGUGACGAUUCUUUUAUUCUGCACAGUUAGUGAUCAGUCGAAGUUAUUUUAUGACUGUCUUGAAUACUUAUCCGAAGAUGUUGCUUUCAAACAGAGAGCACUUCUAGGUAACCAACUUGUGGUGUUCACGGAUGAGGAGAUACUUAACUACACGUUGGUUGAGAUAAAUUCAAUUUUAAACAAUCACAACAAAUCAUUGGCCGACUUUCCAACUCUACCUCAGCUUGAUCCUCAUUUAACGGAUGAUGGUUCCAAUGGGUUGAUUAUUGCUGAAAAAACAUAUAAUGUGCAAGAAGAAGCUGUGAAAUUCAAUGAGCUACAUAGCGGGUUAAAUGCUUUUCAAAGCGGAGGGACAGGUAAAACGUACUUGUGGAGAACACUUAUUGCUUGCCUUCGUUCACGUAGGAAAAUUGUAUUAUCCGUUGCAUCGUCCGGAAUUGCAUCUAUGUUGUUACCUGGGGGUCGUACCGCACAUUCACGGUUUCGCAUUCCUAUAGAUAUUGAAAAUGAUUCAUGUUGUUCGAUCGACUACGGCAGCAACCUUGCUCAGUUAAUCAACGCUGCUGAUCUAAUAAUUUGGGACGGAGCACCUUUACAACACAGGUAUGCAUUUGAGGCUGUUGACCGAACCUUUAGAGAUGUUUGUCGUGAUAACAUGGUUGACGCUCGGCAUCGAGUAUUUGGGGGAAAAGUUGUGGUUCUUGGAGGUGAUUUUCGUCAAAUUUUACCGGUUGUUCCGCAUGCCCCACGUAGUCAGAUUGUCGCGUCUGUUGUUAACAAGUCAGACACAAUAUGGAAUGCAUGUAAGGUAUUUCAUUUGACGACUAAUAUGCGCUUACAGAAUGCAAAUAUCAGUGGAGAUUCGCUUGAAAAAAUGAAAAGGUUCAGCAAUUGGAUCUUGGCCAUGGGGGCCGGUCGCUUGCCUACAAUUUCAUUGGUGGGGGAAGAUGAACCUACGUGGAUCAAAAUGCCUAAUGAUCUUUUAAUCCCGGUUUCUGAAAAUCCGAUUGGUGCAGUGGUUUCCAAUACCUUUCCUGAUAUUUUAGAGAGAGUCAAUGACAUUCACUAUUUAAAAGAACGCUGCAUUUUGUGCCCAACGAAUGAUGAGGUCGAUAAGAUCAACCUUCACGUCCUUGAAAAAAUGCCAGGUGAACUUCAAGAAUUGUUAAGUGCUGAUGAAAUAUGUCAAAGCACAAACAACUAUGACGAGAUGUGUGCUUUGUAUCCACCUGAGUUUCUUAACACGUUGAAUUUUUCUGGGAUUUCAAACCAUAGGUUACAGUUAAAGAUCGGUGCACCGGUUAUUUUGAUGCGCAACUUAAAUUUGCAAAAGGGCUUGUGUAAUGGUACACGGUUGGUGGUUACACAAAUUAGUCGGCGUGUUAUUGAGGCAGUAAUUAUUACCGAUGUUUUUGGGGUACUACGCGCAUGGGGUCCUGUUAACACUGAAUCUUCAAACGUUCAGUCAUGUAAUCGGGAGAUUCGUCACAUAGUUUUAUCUGAUGAGCGGUAA